UUAUGUUCUGGACGAGAGGCUUUUACAGCGGCACAUAGUGGUUGACGUUUCCGUCGUAUCAAGUGUUGCGCCUUUUGCGAGACAUCGAAAUUCUCUUGGGACUCGUGAGAAACAGAAACAUCGCAUUAAUUGUAAGAGUUGAGAAAUUAGAAGAAUGUCUGGUGAUGCCAAAAAUGGCAAGCAUGCGAAGAAUGUGACCAGAGCAACCCGAAUCAUCAAAACCGAAGCAGGCGGUGAAUGUACUGAUAAUCAAAUUGAAAUAAGUACGGAACUUUCCGUCGGGGAAAAUGGUCUCGCACCGAUGUCUUCUAUUCGACGCCUUGCUCGCAACAUCAAUCGGCAGCUCAGUCGACGCCAAUCGUCUCUUCAGGAAGCCCUACCCGACACUUACCCGGGCUGGGCAGCUUUGCUCGCCACUCUCUCCGCUGCUGCUGUGGGCUAUGAAAUUCGGCUGCAAAAGCGCUUGACUGGUCCACCUCUCGUAUUUGGUCAGUGCCAAACCAGCCCCCGUCUGUCGGAGAUAUAUGCCAGGCUCACAGCAUCCCCGAGCGCCAUUCUACGACGAGAUAUUCAGCCUAGUUUGUUUGUUGGAACUCGAGCUAGUGUGGCGAGUACGUUCGCCUACUUGCUGCCGGGGCCUUCGAGGCUGGAUUCGCACCCGCGCUUUCGCGAAAUUCUAACGAUGCCCGCCGACGGGGCCAAAGUUGCAAUCGAUUGGGAGCUCCCGCCGUCCCGUGGGAAUAGGGAUAGACCCCUAAGCAUCGAAGAAAGUGCUGUUCGAAAUGGGCCCAUCAAAGUUCCAAUCGUUGUCAUUCUCCACGGUAUAAAUAAUCACGCUAAUUUUGGCUAUAUUCGAUCGCUCAUGCGUGUGUGCACGGACAAAGGUUGGAUCGCUGCGGGCCUGAAUUUUCGGGGUUGUGGAGGUUUACCGUUGGCAACUCCCCGCGGAUACAAUGGGGCUUAUACGGGGGACUUGCGGGCGGUCGUGCAAACGAUUUCGGGACGACUUGCGCCGGACGCGCCGCUGCUCCUCGUGGGCAACUCGUUGGGCGCCAACCUAGUCGCCAAAUACUUGGGGGAAGAAGGACUGAGCAACACUUUGCCACCAUGUGUGAUUGGAGGUGUGACUCUGGGAAAUCCCAUGCGAAUGAAUGCGGGAACGAUGGAUCCAGCUUUGUCGAGUUUGUUAGCCUUGGGUGCCAAGAAGACCCUCUUGGAGAAUUGGCCUUCGAUGAAGCACAUGACCAAUUCUUCGUUUCGCGGUGCUGUCAAAGGGGCCCUUUUAGGGUAUUCCCUAGCUGACUUUGAUUCUUCCCUGGCACCAUUGUACGUGCGUAACGAUCCUAUUUUUCCGUACGCCUUACGACUUGGCUUUCAGGAUGGCGAAGCGUAUUGGAAGGAUGCCAGCUCGUAUCGUUUCUUGCCAUUCGUGUCCGUACCUUUGCUCCAGAUCAUUGCAGGCGACGAUUUUUUAGUGUAUCAUCCUUUCACGAGCAAAGUUAAUCACGCCAUUACUAAUCCGAAUGUCAUGGUGGUGGAGACGAAGUGCGGAGGUCAUUUGGGGUGGCAAGAAUCGCAGCUAGACGUCAACGCCUGGGGCGUAGGGACAAGCUGGGCCGACGUCGCCACUGUUGAUUUUCUUCAGGCCGUCAUGGAUACACGCAUUAUCGCUGCUAAAAAAUCGGCGAAUGGAAAAGCUUCCGUUCACGAUGGAAACGCUCUGUAUAAUAGAAUGGAUGCGACGGACGAAGCAGUCCGACUACGAUCUCGGCUAUAAAAUGGCAUCCAUAUAAUCCCCGACGCUGUGGAAAAUGUAACAAGCCCUUUCAGAAAUCUAAGGACACAGCCUGUAAGCAACUGAGAUUUAUCUUUGUCCAGAUUUACUUUUCUUUGCACGAUUUUGCUUGAGAGUACCAAUCCGUCGGUCUUUUUCUGGGUGUACGGAAGCUUUCCAAGCGUCUAUCAUUCGCGCUUCAAACGCCGACCUCGGGAUGUUUGAAAACAAGCCAUCAAGAUGAAACGCCUCCACUCGGCGGUAGAUAUCAUCAGCACGUUCCAAGUCACCCGCCGAGAUCCAAGCUUUCAUAAUGUAAAAAUAUACUUUCGCAUCU